UGCAAAACAAGGGAAAGAGGUUGUGUUUCUGGAGACAGUGAUGGGUUUAUCGCAGCAACGCCGGCAUUGUAUGAUUGAGUGUAUACCGUUGCCUCAGGAUAUCGCAAAGGAAGCGCCUCUUUAUUUCAAGAAGGCCAUUGAUGAGGCUGAGGACGAGUGGAGUCAGCACAACGCGAAGAAGCUAAUCGACACAAGUGUGAAGGGUCUCCGGAACUCGAUUCCAAAGGAUUUCCCGUACUUCCACGUGGAGUUUGGCCUAAACAGAGGGUUUGUCCACGUGAUCGAUGAUGAGAAACAGUUCAACGGGAAUCUCGGAAUGAACGUCAUAAGAGGGAUGCUUCAGUUGCCGGAGGAAGAUAUGUACAGACCGAGAAGGUAUGAGACCGAGGAGUCCCAGAAGCAGGCGGUGGUGAGCUUCUCCCGUGAAUGGGAGCCCUUUGGCUGGACGAAACAACUCGGGUGAAAGUGAAAGAUCUCUCGUGCUUUUCUAGUCACAUUCUGGCGGGGAUAAUGUUAUAGUCAUUAUACAAUGGGAGGAUUCGGCAGCUGUACGUAUGGUUCAUUGCUGCGUUUUCUUUUUUAAUCUUUUUUAAUCUUUCCAUCAUGUGGUGAGUCAAAAAGUACUGGAAAAGGAGAAAUUGAUG